AUGCGCGCAGACCGAAGCCCCAUGGCUCCGUAUCCCAGAAUAGAGGACAUAGGAUCUCAGGAUCCGUACCCACCUCAGGCAUAUCAUACUCAGAGGGCAUCCCGAUCCGUCCAUGUUGACUUCACCAACUGGACUCAGGGUCCUCUCAAUGUCACUGACGUUGGCUCAACGGGUGCAGCCGUCUACACCGUCACCCUGACCUCUCGGAGACAGCAGAUGAAGUUCUUUCCCUCCGGGUCACAGAGCUACUUCGCAACCGUCGACCUGCGCACCGUGGGUCCAACCGUGGAAGCCAACAUUCACAACCACAAUGUCACUAUUGGCGUCAAGACACGGCUCAAGAAGGAGGGGGUGUAUAUCUCUCCGUCGUUGCAGGGUGCCACGCUAGUAUGGAAGAGCCAGACCAUGAAGGUGGUCGACCUUGAGCUGCGGGACGGAAACGGCAUUCCGCUGGCGCAGUUCAACCCUCAUCCAUCCUGGUCGAGACUAAAGGCUGGUCGGUUGGAUCUUUUCGGCCCCAGCGUAAGUAGCGGCACGCUCAUGGAGGAGGUCAUGGUGACUUGCUUUGCCUUGGUGUAUACGACCAUCAUCGAGCAGGAAGCUGCUGCGGCCGGAGCGAGACGCGGAAGCUCGAGUCCGGGAUCUCUCUCACCUGUAUGA